UUGUCCGUUGAUUAUUAGCUCAGCAUUCUCCCGGGGUCAAACUGUGUUCCAGACUUCCAGUGUGUGUGUGCCAGCCACUACUGUACAAUAGCUCUCUUCUUUCUCUCGCCGUAGCUUCGCUCGUGCUGUGCGUGUGUGUAUAUAUAAGCAUCCUGCCCCCACUCCUUUUAUCUCUCUACUCGUCUCCACGGAAUCGAUCGAUCGGUGCUUUGAUCUCUGAGCCUGAGCAAGCGGUCGAGCUCACCAACCGCCACGCUCAAGACAGGUCGAGUAGCUAGCUAGCUGCCGGAGUGGAAAAGGAGGCGGUGCAGUGGCAUGGGGAGGCCGCCGUGCUGCGACAAGAUGGGGGUGAAGAAAGGCCCGUGGACCCCCGAGGAGGACCUCAUGCUCGUCUCCUAUGUCCAGGAGCACGGCCCCGGGAACUGGCGCGCCGUGCCGACCAACACCGGGCUGAUGCGGUGCAGCAAGAGCUGCCGAUUGCGGUGGACAAACUACCUCCGGCCGGGAAUCAAGCGCGGCAACUUUACCGAGCAGGAGGAGAAGCUCAUCGUCCACCUCCAGGCUCUCCUUGGCAACAGGUGGGCGGCCAUAGCAUCCUACUUGCCGAAGAGGACGGACAACGAUAUCAAGAACUACUGGAACACGCAUCUUAAGAAGAAGCUGAAGAACAUGCAGGGCGGCGAAGGGGGCGCGGGAGGGAAGCGCCCGGCCGUUCCCAAGGGGCAGUGGGAGCGGCGGCUGCAGACUGACAUCCACACGGCGCGGCAGGCUCUGCGCGACGCGCUCUCGCUGGAGCCUUCGGCGACGCCGCUGGCCAAGGUGGAGCCUCUGCCGACGGCUCCGGGGUGCGCGACGUACGCGUCUAGCGCCGACAACAUCGCGCGGCUGCUGGAGGGGUGGCUGCGCCCGGGCAGCGGCAAGGGGCCGGAGGCGUCGGGUUCGACGUCGACGACGGCCACGACGCGCCAGCGGCCGCAGUGCUCCGGUGAGGGCACGGCGUCUGCGUCGGCGAGCCACAGUGGCGGGGCGGCCGCGAACACGGCGGCGCAGACCCCCGAGUGCUCGACGGAGACCAGCAAGAUGGCCGGCAGCUCGGUCGGCGCGGGCUCCGCGCCGGCGUUCUCGAUGCUGGAGAGAUGGCUGCUGGACGACGGCAUGGGGCACGCUGAGGUGGGGCUCAUGACCGACGUGGUGCCAUUAGGGGACCCCAGUGAGUUCUUUUAAUUAAGGCACAAGUACCACCAAAAGCAAACUGAUCAAGUAGAGAUGCAAGAACAAAAAGAAGAAAUUAAUCGCCGGGUUAGGUAACUAGUUAAGCAGAAAUCCAACAAAACUAACGGGGCGUUUGGAUCCCUUCAUUUUAGAGGAAUUAGAAUUCACUCAAUAAAGUAACUUAUUUAGUUUGGAUUUUGACAUUCCACCACUUUCUAAAGUUUAGAUAUAAGUCUAUCUCAAAUUCAUGGGGUAGAGGGUGGGAAAUGAUUUUAUGCAUUAGUAGAAUUUGUUUCUACUCUGUAACUUACAUGACACUCUUCGUCUCACUCAUCUAUAGUAAAAAUGUAGCAUAUAAAUAUCUCCGACAUCUUGCUAAUAAUAGUAUAUAAAUAUAUUUUGUAUAAAAUCGAAUUAGCUUAAUUGAUAUAUGCCUAAAUUACUAUUAUUAAAAUGGAAUUCAAUUCCAAUGAUCCAAACGGGGCGUAAAUGUAUUUGAAUUCUCGGUGAAUUUGAUCGAGUUGGAUGUCGAUAUAGUUUUUGUUUUAGUCCCUUCUUUUAUUUUUUUCUCUGUUGUUUCUCUGAUGUUAGGGUUUGUAACUGAUCAUGUAAGCUUAUACUAAUGACAGGUUCCUAAAUGGACCCUGCAUGAAAAUACAUCUUAUAAAUUAAAAGAUCUAUACAUUGAGAUGUUA